AUGACUCCCCUUCACACUCGCUUCAAUGUUUUAGUUCGCAAUCAUCUUGUAUAUCAUUCACGUUCGUUAAAUGGCGACGAGCCUCAUCACCCUUCGUUGAAAACUAUAUCUGAGGAUGGUCCUGUCUCGUUGGACCGGCCACGAGAUACCAAUGUGGACGGGCGUGGUCUACAGCUAUUAGACGAGCCCGAGGCAAACUGCAUAGGCUGCACUUUGUCCGACAGCGAUCAUUUGUCAAAUGAGCAGGCUAGCCCAAUCACAGCCGCAUCCUUUAUUGAACGCAGAAUGUCGGAACCAAGUGAAGCUGGGAACUUGGCGGUUGGAGCACCGCGACUUUCGGCGGAAGCUCACAUUUCCCAACGUCAGGCGGACACCUCGUACACCCAGUCUUGCAUUAUGUUCGAUUCUUUCUGUGAGCCAGACGUUCCCGAAUAUUCUACUACCGGUGUUUUAUCUCCCCUCAAUACCAUUUCUUCCACACAUCCCCAAUCGAUUCCCGCUAUAACUACUUCUACAUCAUCAGCCUACAGUACCCACCUGUCGUCAAAGCCAUAUGGCACCUCAGUAGAUAAUACCUCUAGCGGUUCAGCAAUUUCCCACACACCCUCAGGCUCUUCUAGUAUUUACAGCCCAUCGCAGUCGACAAAUCGAUACGCUGGAAGCCCGUCAUUAUCAUCGCCGAGUGGGGACCCUUCUAGUGGUGGCAAUACCGCUGUCGGUACUACUUACACCACAGUCGCCUCAACUUACCAAACAAUCGGAGCCACCAUCACAUUGCUUCAGCCUUUCUCAUCCACAGUUACAUCGACCAGAAUUGAGAUGGUCUCGAGCUCGCUGCCCCAAACAUCAUCAGUGCCUCACACCACUUCAAACACUCAAUUAUCUCCGACCAUAGGUGCCAUCAUAGGAGGCACUGUGGGAGCGGUCGUACUUUUAUCCCUCCUAACUUUUAUCUUGCUGCGCCGUCGCAGGAUAAAACAACUUUCUAUAACACCUUUCCCUCUCCUCUCAACUGCAGGGCCAACGCAGGUUGAGUCACGGGCGUGGCUCAAGUUCCAGAGUGCCAGCGGUGCUAUCCGUCCAAACAGCGGAGGCUCAUCGUUCAUUCAAUACUCCGAUCCUGUGAAUAGAUCAUCAUCAUGUGCUUCAGAUCACAUAUCAUCUCACUUGGCCGAUGAGAAGAUCUUUGCGUCUAGUGUUGCUAGGCGCUAUAGGUCCCAUGGGCUAGAGAAGCUGUACCCAUAUCAGUCUCAUGUCCCCACCUCGGAUCAUCACGAUCCAGAAAGCUGGGUUGAACACAUUGUUACGGAUGGUUAUUCGCAACGACCGAGUGAAGAGCCGCCGGCUUAUCCUCGUUCGGUGGAUUCUUUGAGUAGAAAAGUAGACCUUGAUGAUCCUCAUGUUCUUACCGGCUCUCUUGAACUUCCCUCCGAUAGAUAA